UCUCAAUUUCAUCACUAAAUCUCCUUUCCCAAAGGACUGAAUCUUGGUAAAAGAAGAAGAAGAAGAAAAGCUCUCUUUAUAUAUUUCUUCCUCCAUUCAGUACGUAACUCCACUGACCAGAAACCAUCAAGAAUCAUCAAAAAUCGAAGUCCCAGAAACAGAGCAAAGAGGAACUACUAAAACAGUGAAAUGGACGACGAAGCUGAUGAUGGAAUAACUACGGAGUACACAGAUGUCUCACCUGCACAUUAUGUGUUCAAGAUAGAGUCCUUCUCUCUGUUUUCAGAGAACGACAUGGACAUGUAUGAAACUAUUGAGUUUGAAUCUGGAGGCCACAAAUGGAGACUGAUUCUCUAUCCUAAUGGAGACAAGAGCGGAAAUGGACAAGGUCAUGUGUCUAUAUAUCUGGCAGUUUCCGAGACCAGUCCUUUGAAGGUCGGUUCGGACGUGAAUGCAAUCGUUAGAUUCUUUGUGUUUGAUCAAAUUCGUGACACAUACUUGGUAAAACAAGGGAGUACCAGGAGGUUUCGCGCCAUGAGGUCCAAGUGGGGUAUUCCAAGAUUUGUGCCUCUAGAAAUUUUUAAGGAUCAGUUGAACGGGUACCUUGUUGACGACACCUGCAUUUUUGGAGUGGAGGUUUUUGUCAUCAAGAACUCGGGCAUAGGCGAAUGUCUAACACUAAAAAAGGGUACUUUCUCGCGGACACAUGAAUGGAAGAUACCAAAUUUCUCAAGUUUGGUAGAACAGUCAUGCUAUUCCGAUAUAUUUUUUGCUGGAGAUCAGAAAUGGAAGGUGCAUCUCUAUCCAAGGGGCGAUUCGAGAUCAAAGAACAAAAGCCUUUCGAUAUUUCUUUUUCUGGUAGAUUCAGAGAAACUAGCCCCUCAGCAGAAAGUUAACGCAAGGUACCGCUUUUCAUUGAGAGGCCAAGAUGGUGCUGUCUAUGAGGGCCCCAAAGGUUCACGAUGGUUCAGUAGUUCAACCUAUUCAUGGGGGUGGUCUAAUUUUAUUCUGCUAAAAAGCAUUCGAGAUUUCCUAGUCAAUGAUGAAUGCGUUGUUGAGGCCGAAGUCACCGUCCUAGGCAUUGCUGGUAAACUGACAUGACGAAUACGAUGCAGUUUCAUGAUCAGACUUUUUCUAUUGCUGUUUCCUCCGUGUACUAUGCUGAUAGUUUUAAGACAGUAUACUUGUGGAAUUGUUCUUCUGCAACUAGUUGAUUGAUGUUUCUCUCUUUUGAUCUAUUGUUGUUUGCAGCA